AUGAAAGUGGACCUUCGCCUCUCCCUCAAAUUCCACCCUUCUCUGCACAAGCAACUCGUCUACACUUCACAGCUUACCAUCCCCUCCCUCAGGCACGGAAGCCAAGCCCUUCUCACCUUCCUCGCGACUGAUGUCGAUUGUUGGGAAGGCCACUCAAACCCCACGGAUGCACGGCUUCAUUUCGGUGUUUGGAGUCUCGGAGGAAAUUCAAGGUGGAAAGGUGGUGAAGUUCUCUUCGUCCACGAGCGGAUAUCGUGGGCCAGGCUCGAAACAACCUUCUCCGACAGGGAGAGACGAAGACAGUUGAGUUGCAGGGGUCGAAUGCAUCUGGAACCCCAGUCGUCUUCCCCCAUUUCCCCUUUUGUCGGCUUCCCCAAAGUUCGAGGUUCCCCUCAAGCCUCUCAAAGACGCCCUCAAGUCGCCGUCUUUCCGAAGAGGCCUCUCCAUCGUCGUUGGUUGGGGUUCAGACACCGAUUUCUCAAGCUCUGA